CUCUCUCUCUCUCUCUCUCUCUCUCUCUCUCUUCCCAAACCCUAACCCUAAUCCCCAAUCUACGAUGACCUAGAACCUCCGCUCCGCUCUAUUUCCGGCGAGUCCAGCUCCCCCCGCGCCACCAAUCAAGAGCUGAAAUCUCCACCACGAUGCCGCCGAACGCCGAUCUGGACCGCCAGAUCGACCACCUGAUGCAGUGCAAGCCUCUGACGGAGGCGGAGGUCAAGACGCUGUGCGAGCAGGCGAGGACGAUCCUCGUCGAGGAGUGGAAUGUCCAGCCGGUCAAGUGUCCGGUCACCGUCUGCGGCGACAUCCACGGCCAGUUUCACGACCUUGUUGAGCUUUUCCGGAUCGGCGGCAGCGCUCCCGAUACUAACUACCUCUUCAUGGGCGACUAUGUAGAUCGAGGAUACUACUCCGUGGAGACUGUCACACUUCUAGUGGCCCUGAAAGUACGUUACAGAGAUAGAAUUACAAUUCUCAGAGGAAAUCAUGAGAGUCGGCAAAUUACUCAAGUGUAUGGGUUUUAUGAUGAGUGUUUGAGGAAAUAUGGAAAUGCCAAUGUCUGGAAGCAUUUCACUGACCUUUUUGAUUAUCUGCCACUGACAGCCUUAAUUGAGAGUCAGAUCUUCUGCUUGCAUGGUGGACUUUCCCCCUCUUUGGAUACCUUGGACAAUAUUCGGGCUCUUGAUCGCAUACAGGAGGUUCCUCAUGAGGGCCCAAUGUGCGAUCUCUUGUGGUCGGACCCGGAUGAUCGAUGCGGUUGGGGAAUAUCUCCUCGAGGUGCAGGGUAUACUUUUGGUCAAGAUAUAGCAGCACAGUUUAACCAUACUAAUGGGCUGAGUCUUAUUUCUAGAGCUCACCAGCUUGUUAUGGAAGGCUACAAUUGGUGCCAGGAAAAGAAUGUUGUAACGGUAUUUAGUGCUCCAAAUUACUGCUAUCGAUGUGGAAAUAUGGCUGCAAUCCUUGAGAUUGGAGAGAACAUGGAGCAGAAUUUCCUUCAAUUUGACCCAGCACCUCGCCAAGUUGAACCCGAUACAACACGAAGAACUCCAGACUAUUUUUUGUGAUCCACAUAACUUACCACCGAUUAGCUAUUCUUCUUGUUCCUUAUCGUGAUUUUGUAGAUUUGUCUCACAAAGAAGAUGAGUUUUGAUGUUCAGUUGAGAAAGAGACGGAAAGACAACAUAUCAUUCUUUUGGUUAGAGUUGUUUUUUUGCUUAAUUCAUGUGAUUUAUAGAAUAUUCUUGGUAACACUUGCUUCUUGUAUUGAAAUAGUUGAAAAGGAUGGAUGGAAACCACAGCGACAAGCUAUGUGUUUCAAGGGCUACAUUGUAUUUUGGUAAUAGAAAGUUUGUUUCCAUGUUCAAUCUC